UCGGGUUCGCAGGGGCAGGCCGGGGGGAGGCCCCCAGCGACGGAAACGGCCAACAGCGCGCACUCCGAGGCCGCGCCGCUGCUAAGCGGGCUGCUUCCGGGUCGAAGGGUUUGCUUCCGGAAAGCGGGAAGGCUGAAACGCGGCGGCGAAACUGGACCAUUGUUACAAAGUUCUAAGGGAAGAAGGCCGCCGCCAUGGACAGGAGUGGCUUUGGAGAGAUGCUGUCCCCUGUAAUCCGAGAGCCAGAGGUGACACGGACUGCAAGGAAGCAGAGUGCUCAAAAAAGAGUUUUAAUUCGAGCCUCCCAUGAUGAAAAUCUUGGCAGUACUACACCAAGAAACCAAAUGAUUCCUCGAACUCCUAGCUUAUUUCGACAGCCUUUCACUCCAAACCGAAGCUUACCGAAACAUCCAGAUAUUUCCUGCAUUUUGGGAACAGAAGGUCGGUCUCCUCAGCUUUCACAGUCUUCAGGGUUUUUGGGAAAUCUGUCCAUGGUGACGAAUCUGGACGACAGUAACUGGACAGCUGCAUUCACAGCGCGGCAUUUGGGGCUCUUCACGAAAGCAGAGCCAAACAGCGUCACGGAGGAGGCCAGUGCGGUCAUGUUACGUGAAGACGAUCCUGGAGAAGCCGCAUCUUCAAGCAUGUUUCCUGAUUUCCUGCAAUCUUUUUUGAAGCAUUCUUUAUCUACAGUUUUUGACCUUGUAGAAGAAUACGAAAAUAUCUGUAGCAAUCAGGUGAAUAUACUGAGUAAGAUGGUGAACCGAGCGACACCUGGACUACAGAAGUUUUCCAAAACAGCCAGUAUGCUCUGGCUUCUUCAGCAGGAGAUGGUCACCUGGAGGCUGCUAGUUUCCUUGUAUAGAGACAGGAUACAGUCUUCGUUACAAAAUGGAAAUAUGCUUACAACUCCUGCUGCUAAUGCCAGUGAAAAAACGUUUGUGGAAGCAUUGUUUCAGAGAGAGUCACUUGUCCGACAGUGUCAGAUGGUGGUGGAUUGGUUAGAGAGUAUUGCCAAAGAAGAAAUUGGGGAUUUUCCAGAUAAUAUUGAAUUUUAUGCAAAGUCAGUAUAUUGGGAAAAUACCCUCCAUAUUUUAAAACAACGGCAGCUCGCUUCUUCCAUAGGAAGUGCCCGUCCUCUUGUCACUGAACUGGAUCCUGAUGCUCCCAUAAGACAGAAAAUGCCCCUGGAUGAUCUGGAUAGAGAAGAUGAAGUUCGAUUGCUUAAAUAUCUUUUCACGCUGAUCCGUGCUGGAAUGACGGAUGAGGCGCAGCGACUCUGUAAACGCUGUGGUCAGGCAUGGAGAGCCGCCACCCUGGAAGGCUGGAAACUCUACCACGACCCCAACCUUCAUGGAGAAAUAGGAGCAGAAUUAGAGCCCGUGGAAGGGAAUCCCUAUCGACGCAUUUGGAAGAUUAGUUGCUGGAGAAUGGCAGAAGAUGAACGUUUUAAUAAAUACGAGAGAGCAAUUUAUGCAGCUUUAAGUGGGAAUCUCAAACAGCUGCUUCCUGUCUGUGACACCUGGGAGGACACGGUGUGGGCCUACUUCCGGGCGAUGGUGGACAACCUGGUGGAACAGGAGAUCCGGCUGUCAGUCAUGGCCCAGAAUGAAACCGAGGAACUCCCUAGAGAGUAUCUAGAGGCAAAUUGGACCUUAGAAAAGGUUUUUGAAGAACUUCAAGCUACUGAUAAAAAGAGAGUUCUGGAAGAGAAUCAAGAACAUUAUCAUAUAGUUCAAAGGUUCCUUAUCCUGGGAAACAUCGAUGGUUUGAUGGAUGAGUUCAGCAGAUGGCUUUCUAAAAGCGGGAGCAAGCUCCCCGGGCACCUCCUCCGCUUCAUGACGCACCUCACCCUGUUCUUCCGCACCCUGGGACUGCAGACCAAAGAAGACGCCUCGGUUGAAGUUUUGAAGACAUACAUACAGCUUUUAAUAAAUGAGGGGAACACACACCUCAUAGCGUUUUACUGCUGUCAUUUGCCUCAAGACCUCGCCGUUGCUCAGUACGCCUUGUUUUUGGAAGGUGUCACAGAUUUUGAACAUCGCCAGAUUUCCCUGGAGCUGGCUAGGGAAGCAGAUUUGGACGUUGCAACAAUAACAAAAACUGUAGUUGAGAAUAUUCGAAAGAAAAAUGAUGAAGAAUUUAGUCCUCAUGACCUGAACCUAGACCAAGACAGUGACACUACUCAGGAGGACCGUGUGAAAAUCGAUGUCAUUGACUGGUUGUUAUUUGACCCAGCACAGAGGUCAGAAGCCCUGAAACAAGGCAAUGCAAUCAUGAGGAAAUUCCUAGCAUUAAAAAAGCACGAAGCUGCAAAAGAAGUAUUUGUGAAAAUUCCUCGGGAUUCUAUAGCGGAAAUCUACAACCUGUGGGAGGAGAGAGGAGCCCACAGUUCACUUCCUGCCGAGAUUGACAAUGCAGUCAGAGAACACUUGUGCAUCAGAGCUUAUUUGGAAGCCCAUGAAACCUUCACUGAGUGGUUUAACCAUAUGAACGCGGCUCCACAAAAACCUACUUUGGUAUCCCAGCCAAGCUUUACUGAGAAAAUAGCAUACGAGCAUAAAGAAAAGAAAUAUGAAAUGGAUUAUGAUAUCUGGAAGGGACACUUGGACGCCCUAACUGCUGAUGUCAAGGAGAAGAUGUACAAUGUCUUGCUGUUCGUCGAUGGCGGGUGGAUGGUGGAUGUCAGAGAGGAUCCUGAAGAAGACCACGAAAGGGUACAUCAGAUGGUUCUGCUGCGAAAGCUGUGUCUGCCAAGACUGUGUUUCCUGCUUCACACCAUACUGCACACCACGGGCCAGUACCAGGAGUGCCUUCAGCUGGCGGACAUGGUGUCCUCCGAGCGCCACAGACUCUACCUGGUAUUUUCUAAACAAGAACUAAAGAAAUUGCUGCAGAAGUUAAGAGAAUCCUCUCUCAUGCUUCUGGACCAGGGACUGGACCCGUUAGGAUAUGAAAUUCAGUCAUAAUUCAUCCACUGUUUAUAUGCUCACUAAUUCCCAUCAUAAAUGGAGGGGCUUUUCUUAAUAAAAUACACAUAUUUGUAAUUAC